CUACAUGAAAGAUACUGUUCCGGACCAAAUAAGUUAAAGUUGUAAUGACACAAAACUUUGUCAGGUAAAAUGACCUGUUGAUGGUGUUGAUGCAAACACUACGUACUGUAGGCUACUCAUUGUCGAGGGGGUGUGGACCAACUAUUUAACUGCUCCCUCUUGUAUUAUAUACAUAGUCUCUGACAGCUUUCAACGAUAACAGAAAAUGAUUAGAAAUCAUUAGAGAAUAAACUAUGCUCCAAGUUCACAUUCUGAAUGUGGAGUUAGGUCUAAAUAACUAUGAUAAAAGUAGACUCAUACUUUGAUAAACUUCCUGCCUGCAUCAGACAACCAGGUGAAGAGAAAACAUAAAUAUCAGCCACACCUUUUUACCUAACCUGCCUGUCUCCGAGAGUAGCUCGGCACAAGGCGUUUUGCUGCGUCACUCAGUCACUCACUGAUCUCUACACCUGGAUGGUAUACGUAGACAGUGUGAUACAAUACUUCAUCUUCCUGCAUUGUGGAUACCAAGGGUCAAGGUAUGUCCACUCCGGCUUCCAAGGGGGUUCUACGGCCUGUUCUGAUUGGCUGUUGUUUUAUGGCGGGCUUCGUGGGAAUAUUCUUAAUUUACUACAAACCCCCGAUCAAGUUCCUUUCAUGCCCUACUAACCAGGCAUCCCACGAGGGGAAGGCUAGUUGUUCUCCUUGCCCUCAACGCUAUCCCACCAUGCCUGGGAAUGACGAGCGGCCCACCUCCAUGUCCACCACUGGCAGCGAGGACGCCAGCAGCGACGCUGAGUCGUCAUCGGACCGCUGCAACAGCAUCACGUCUGCCAGCGACUUUGAUUGCUCCCGCCAGAGCUUCACCAGUGACUGCUCCAGCAGCAAGCACAGCUCGCCCUCCUCCAGCCCGCCCAAAACUGUAACACUGGAUGAUGUCAUGUCUGCUGCCCGGGACCUGUCCAACCUGAACCUGGCCCACGAGAUCAUUGUCAACCGUGACUUCCAUGUGGAGCAGCCCCACCUACCUCAGAACAGUUUGGAGAAGCAAGUCAAAGAUAUAGUUCACAAGGCGUUCUGGGCUAGCCUGGAGUCUGAGCUGAAUGAUGACCCACCAGAGUAUGAGCACACCAUCAAACUGCUGGAGGAGAUCAGAGAGAUCCUGUUGUCGUUCCUGAGCCCGGGAGCCAAUCGGCUACGGACUCAGAUCCUGGAGGUGCUGGACAUGGAUCUGAUUCGCCAGCAGGCGGACAAGGAAGCGGUGGACAUACAUGGCCUGGCGUCUUACAUCAUCACCAUCAUGGGCAAGCUGUGUGCCCCCGUCCGUGACGAUGAGGUCAAGAAUCUCUGUGAGAGCCCCGACAAUGUUGCGUCAAUGUACAAGGAGAUCUUCCGGGUGCUGGACCUGAUGAAGAUGGACAUGGUGAACUUUACCAUCCAGAGCCUGCGGCCCGAUCUGCAGAGGCAGUCAGUGGAGUAUGAGAGGGCCAAGUUCCAGAGCAUCGUGGAGAAGACUCCCAGUGCAUUGGACCAUACCACUGAGUGGAUCAAGUCCUUUCUGGAGGAAGUGCUUUUCUCCAUGCCAACUGUGGAGCAGCCCAACGGCCAUGGGAAGGCGGGGAAAGCCCUGCCAAGUCCCCUCCUAGUCUUCAACAGUGGAUUCAUCCACAUCCUCACCUGGGACUACCACAAGAGCCCGCUGCCUGAGACCCUGAUGACAGACGAGGUGCGUCUGCGGGAGCUCCAGCGGAGGCUCCAGCUGCUAAAGGCCGUGGCCUCCGUACUGCUCAUUGUCUGCAGCGCCAUCGGAGGGCCCAUCUCGGGGCUGCCUGCACUGGCCGAGCACCUCAAGAGGAUGACUAGCGUGCUCCUGGAGGGCAUGCACAGCCCGGACUUUAACCUGUCAGAGGCUCUGGGGAACGUCAGUGGUCAGAUCUGCUGUGAGCUCAACAAGUCCCUGACUGAGAGGAACUACCCAGCCUUGCCCCCAGAACUCCAGGUCACACUCAAGGGCCAGAUCACCAGCAUCACCCAGGAAAACAACCCUAUCCGCAGUCUUGUAGAGGGAAGGGUCCAGCAGUACUUUCGGGUGCUCCUCGCCACGCCCAACUCUCACGUGAACCCGCCCCCGACGCCCGGAGGCCUGGCCCUGAUCCAACCGGAGCUCACCUCCUUGGCGGUCACCUUCGUCAGCCUGGUCAACUUCAACAAGCAGGUCUACAGCCACUUCUACAUGAUGAUCCUCAAGACCCUGCUCUUCAGUAACGCAGCGCCUCCACAGGCAGCCACCGCACCUCAGGACCCCAGCAUACAGAACCCUGUGAACUCCAACUAGGAUCGCCACCUACCUACCGAGCCAGGAGCAAUACAAAGCUGGAGCUGACAACACCUUAUUUGAAAAGGGGAGAAGAAAGGAAAGACUUAGCAGCUACCUAAAUCCACCGCCCCCAGUGGUUGUUCUGAUUCCUUGAGGCUGCAAUCGCCCCCCCAUCCCUAACCGUCCUUCCCUUAGGCUUUAGAUGAAGUAGUAUCACAUCUACCUUUUGUCUAGAACGUCGGGGUACGUGCAUGUGAGGUGCGUCAGGAAAAUGACAACGAGCAAUUGUGGUGCACGUCCAAGCUUGGACUAAUCCACCUCCCACUGUCGUGUAUUGCGACAUCCGCUUUGUGACACUUGACCUGACCUGUUCGUGAGAUUUUGUGUAGAUUCAUACCUAAAAAUGGACCCUAGUGUUUUGUGUGAGGAAUCUUUCCCAAUGUCCUUUUUAGUUAGAUUAGGGUACGUUGUGAAUCUGCGUUGGCAUGGAAGGGAGUGCUCGACAUCCAUUCUCCUGUUGUUAUUUUGGAGGGUGUCAUCGGAAAAGGGUAGAAUGUUCAUUAAGUGCUACUGUUACAAAGAACAUUUAUACACGUUUCAUAGACUUUAUGACAAAAGGGAAAGGCCUAUAUAUUUAGAAUCAUGAAUUACAACCUCACAUUUCGUAUGCUUUAUGCUGUAGGUUAAAUAAAGUUGAUCUAUAACUGUUUGUUACACGUUGACAAAUCCACAACACAAAAUGCUAUAUUAUUCAUGCCAUUAGCUUAUUCAUUGAAGUGCCACCGUUUGAAUAGAAAUAUAAAAAGUUUGUUUUUAACUUAUGUCGGCUUGUGAUAACUCUCCAUUAAACUGGUUAGGGCUCUCGGGAAAUGUCAUCUUGAAUGAAAACAAGAGACUUGUUUUAAUUGUUGCUCUCCAACAUGUCAAAGACAUGUUUAAAUCACUUGAGCUAAAUUAGGAGAGUUCAUUCAUAUAUAUCACUUUUUUAGGGGGGGGGCUGAUUAAUUGAUAUGAUUAUGGAAUCACUAAAUCUGAUGGAUUCUGAUCUUUGACCUUUUGGAGAUAAAUAUAAUGCAUGUUUUAUUUUGUGUUAACAUUCGUUGGAAAAUGUUUUGUAUGUUAGACCUUGCAUAGUAUUCAGUCAUUUUGUUGGGUUGUUUGAAUGUGUUGAUUUAAUGUAGAUUUUUGUUUUGUUAUUUUGUGUCAGUGGAUUUAUAAAGUUGCUUGCUUUAUAUCUUCAAGGUACCAGUAUUAGUUGUCCUUCUAUACCUAUAUUUCCCUAAAAGCUAUCCAACAGCUGUAUGUUUCUGGACAUUUUAUGUAAUAUCUAUCUUUUGGUUUAGAACUCAAGUCAUGAGAGGUGCUGAAGGUGUUUUGAAAUGUCUAAAACAAUGGAACUUUUUGACGCAGAAUAAACAUUGUAUGUUGUUAGCUUUUAAAAUUCACUUGAAUAAAUACAUUUUUAUCUUCUCAUGUAAUGCAGCUAUAAUACAAUAAACUCUCAUGCAGUACCUUA